AUGGAGAGGAAUUUCCAAGAAAUUGAAGAACAAAAUGGAAAUAACUUUGUUGAUCGAUAUAAUGGGGAUGGACCUCCAACGGAUGACGUCUGCCCGAUCUGCCUUGAUCUCUUCACCAUACCUUGUAGAAGCAAUUGCAGACACUGGUUCUGCGCCAAUUGCAUCCUUCAGUUCUGGAUGUAUGUAUCAGUGAUUCAGCCGUGCAAAUGCCCCUUAUGUGGUCUCCCAAUUACAAACUUGGUUUUGGAUAUGUCUCAACUUGUUCAACCAGGAGAGGAUGUUGAAGAAGUUAUCAGAAAUGUGAAGCACUAUAAUUGCCUUUUUGUUGGUGGAUUGCAUGCUUUUUUCCUGAAAGUACUAAUGUUGCCGUUCUUUAUCAAGAAAGCGUUCAGAUUUUUGAUGGAUCUGGAGGCUUUGACAUGUGUCCUAUGUGUAAUGCGCUUCGUUGGGUUGCUGCUAAUUCUUUUCUAUGGGAUGAAGGAAUUUCAGUUUAUCUCGAUUGGAGCAUUCGGGAUAAUAAAAAUCUUUGAAGUUGAGGCUAACUUAUUACUCGCCAGUCUCUUUGUCUACAAUAUGUGGCAGCGGUGGGAGCUUAGAGGUCUUGAAAGGCGUCUAGCUGAUCUCCAACAACGGAAUGCUUUGAUUGAUCUACAACAACGGGAUGCUUGGGCUAAUCUAGAAGAACGGGAUGCUCUGGAUAAUCUACAAGCACAAGAUGCUUGA